AUGGAGGCCACACGGUCAUUCCUCUGCGCCGCCUGGCAAUCCGUCGGCUUCUGGAAAGCCGCUGCCAUCUUUUUCGCUCUCCUGAAUCUCAAAACCCUCCCAUUCGUCUGGCAUAUCCGCGUCUACCGCUACUUCUUCAAACAUGGCUACCUAAUCACCCCCGCCGUGGAACAACCCACCCGCCCGAGCACUGAAAUCCUCAACCCGGUCUCCAUCUUCUCCCGCGCGCCCAUCAUGGAAAUCGACUUCAACAUGCACAAGUCCAACUCGACUUACUUCUCCGACCUCGACGUGUCCCGAACAGCACUCAUCUCCAGCGUCGUCGUGAAAGGCGCCGCCCUCCUCGAGAAGCGACUCGAGGCGCAGGGGAAAAAGGGGUUCCUCGGCUUCAUCCUCGGAAGCGUGUAUACGAAUUUCAAGCGCGAGAUCCCCGCCUACGCGAAGUACGAGGUGAAGUCGCAUAUUGCGAGUUACGACCAGAAGUGGAUUUAUAUUGUUACGUACUUCCUCAAGCCUGGGAUGAAGGGUGUCAAGAAUGGGGAGAAGGUUGAUGAGGAGAAGUUGAAGAAGGGGCUGUAUGCGGUUGCUAUUAGUAAGUAUGUGCUCAAGAAGGGGCGGUAUACGGUUCCUCCGACGGAGGCGUUUGAGGCGGCCGGGUAUGCGCCUUUCUUUGGUGCUGCGGCGGCGGGGGAUGCGUCUGGGUCUUCGAGUGCGGUUGAGGAUAAUGCUACUGCUGCUGUGCAGCGGAAGGAGCCUGUCGGUGAAGAAGGCAAGAGUGAUGAAUGGGAGCGGUUGAGAGAGGAGAUCGAUCGCGGAUUGGUUGUUAUGCAGCCGUUUAUUGACGAGGAGGGCCGGUUGCUGGAUGACUUUGUGGCCAAGAUGGGAAGGCCUGGGUUUGUAUAG